AUGCCCGUGUCGCCCAAGCUUCGGCCGUUGGCCGCGGUCCGCCCCCACACGCGCUCCCGCACCGCCGGCCGCCCGUCACUGCCGUCGCGCCCUUCUCCCCUCGAGCACGUGCGCCCGCUGCCGACGCUACCUGCUGCUGCUCCCGUCGCCGUCGCGUGCAGGCCCAUGGCCUCGACCGCGCCCCCCUCGCUGCUUCUUCCCCCCCACGCCCGACCUCCCGGCCGCGCGCCCGCGCGCCCCCCCUGGCCGCCCGCCUACAGCUUUUCGCCGGCGGACGCCCGCUGGCUCGGGUGCCCCGGCCCGGCCUCGCCCUACCCCGGCCGGCGCCCUGCCCGCCGGCGCCCCUCUGGCUGCAGCCCAGCCCGUAGAGAAAAGUCGCUCUCUCUGUCGUCUCUUCUUCUGCUUCACUCCUCUUCUCCUCUCUUAUCCACUCUCUUCGCUGCUCUUUGCCCCCAUUGCCCCCCACCUCUGACCGUGGAGGCUUUGUGCUUCAUUGCCCCCCCAAUUCAUUUCUUUUUUCUGUAUGAUUCAUUUGCUAUUUUAAGUCAUUCAUUUGUUGUUUCUGUUGAUAUCUAUUUUGCAGGGAUUUCGAGGUGUCACUGGUUAGGGUUUUCUCUGCUUGCUGUGAGGUCUGCUAGGGGAGGCUUUAGUUUUCCCAAGGGUUUAUGUCCCAAGGUCUUGAAGAUAUCAACAGUGACAAGAGCCCAGCUUCGAGUUCCUUUUGUUCCAUCGGACAUCGUGGUGUUCUGUGUAGUCCCCACUACACUCCUGGUGGUGAUGCUAGUGGAUCUGGUGGUGAUGCUGGUGCUGCUGCGACUUCCUGCUCUGUUUGAAGCGUCACAGUGCCUUCUUCCAAUCUUUGAAGAUAAGUUGGAAUUCAAGGUCGUCACAUAAGAUGCAGCAGCAAAAUCAAAACACAGAAGGCAGAAGAUGGCAAGAGAAUUUUCAAGAUAUCAAAAUCAAAAUCAAAACACCAAAUUGUCAGGUUGUCACAUAUUGUCAGGCCCUUUUUUUUGGUCUGGACAGAAGGCAAAAGAGGGCAAGAGAAUUUUUUCAGCCAGUUUGGUUGUUGGGCUGAUUGACUGACCCUAACUUUGGGUCAGUCAGUUUUCUUCUGUCCUCUUUUCUUUUCCUUUGUUGUAGUAAUCAACUGACCACAUUCUACAAUCAGUCGAUUGACCUGUAGCCGCUCCUUGCAAAUUACCCUAUAUCAUAAGAAAAAAAAACUAUGUUAAAAAAUGGUUGAUUUGCAUUAUAAAUCAUGCUGACUGGGUACUUGAAACUAUAUAUGAAUGUAGCCGAAUACACGUUCAAAUUUGAUUUUGUUUACAAUACUUCACUAAAUGUUCAAGCUUGUGGGACAAUGUCCUGGUCUCAAUCAAAUGACUCACCUGUCCUAAAAUAUGGGCAUAGUGAUAGCAAAUCAUGGUUGAACUGAAUUUUCAAAAAAAAAAAAAAUCAUGGUUGAACUGAAUGUAGCAUGGCUUGCUGGCUACAUAGAGCACCCCCCCGCGUCCCUUGUAUACUUUAAGCGCUAUAUUGAUGGAAUAAAACUCCCUAGU